AUGACUGAAACUAUUGUAAAAGCAGCUGCAGAUAAAAGAAAUCAUCAUUCAAUUCGAAAAUGGUCUGGUGUAGUAUGGCUUUUGAUUGAAGUAAAUUUAAUUGGUGGAACAAUAUUUGGAUUUGCAGCUUUAUUUAAAAUUUUACCACAAUAUGGAAUUUAUGCUGAUAAAAAUAGUUGUUUGAAUACAACAGAUAUACAAAAUAGACAAGUGAUUUGUCAAGAGCAUCAAACCCGACAUUAUCAAAAUGCAUUAACAUUGGGUAUUAUAUUAUUUGAAAUUCCAUCAGUGAUUAUUGGACCAUUAAUUGAUCGAUUUGGUUGUCGAUCUGUAAAAAUAGUUGCAAUAAUAUUUCAUCUUAUUGGAUGGUUAGCAUUAGCAUUAGUUGCUCCUGGACGAGAUGCACUUUUAUAUGUACAUACAGCCUUCUCAUCGUUGGCUGGUAUCAUGGUAUUAUUAACAGCUUAUACAUCGAGUAAUUAUUUUUCAAAAUCAAGAGCAUUCGUAUCGGCAUUGUUUGCUGGAGCGUGUACAUCGGCUACAAUAUGGUAUUCUAUAUUUCAGACUUUAAUUGAUGCUCAUACGGUUACACUAAAAGAACUAUCAUUUAUAUGGAUGUCAUUUGCUGUACUGAUGUUAAUUAGUUCAUUCAUAUUUCUUGAUUGGACAUUUCCCGUAUUAAACUUACCGUAUCAUUCUGAUACAAAAAUGGAAAAUAAAACUGCUUCUUUAACUGUUACCGUCGACGAUAAUGAAUCAGAGAGAAUAAAAUGGUAUACACGAAUUUUGAAACGACAAGGUGUUUGGCAUUAUUUAACUAGUCCAUUAUAUCUGUUGGUAGUAUUAUUUUUAAGUAUUCUAUUACUACCAGGAAUAUUUCUUGCUGUAACAUGGUAUCCAUGGGUAUACUAUAUCACGCAACAAGAUACACUAUUGGCUAAUAAAUACACAUUUGUAUUUAACUUAUCUACUAUUUCUGCUAUUAUUAUUUGCCCAUUAAAUGGUUUUCUACUUGGAUUCAAAGCCGAUAAAAAUAAAAAACAAAAAUUAUUCAAUAUUUCAUUGAUGCAAACUAUUUCAUGGAUUAUUAAUGUAUUAGCAUGUAUUGUAUGUAUGUUUCCUAAGAAAAGUAUGAUCAUUCCAGCAUUGGUAAUUAACUGUAUUGCACGAGCUACAAUUGUGAGUGGAAGCCAAGCCGUAGUGGCAACCUUUUUUCCAUCAGAAUAUAUUGGUACACUAACUGGUGUAAUGUGGAUGUUCGUCGGUGUUAUUGCCACUCUUCAAUAUGGUUUAGUUCAAUUAACGAAUGAUAUAUCUCUUUCAUGGAGAGCAUGGUUGAUUAUCUUAUCGCUUGUGCUCUUAAUGUCAUGUCAUUUAAUUCAGCUAUGGUGGAAAUAUGCAAGACAAUUGAAAAAGCAAUCAAUCACAGUUAUUCCAAACGAAAUUGUAGUCAAAUUUUAA